GAUGUUUUAACAAACGUAGAAAGUAGGCCGCUAGACGAUAAAUACGAUGGACACAUUUUCUUUCUUUCGCCCGCGUUAAACGGUCGCCUAUUCUCGGUAGAAUUGCGAUCAAUCUCCAAGAAAGUGUAGCACAUUUUCUGCUCCAACGAUCGAUAGAAGAGAAAUAUUAUUCCGGAAGAUCGAGAAAGUGAACUUUUCUCUUUUCUUGCGACGAAUUCACACGCGCGAUGCCCACUUCUUUCUCUUUCCAUUUUUCUAUACGCGAUUUCCCUUCGAAUUUCUUCGAUCGUCGCGUGCUUUCGUUCGAACGAUAACCUUCUGUUUAAAACAAGAAACGAUUGCUCGCGCGAAGGAUGUUUCGCGAUCAUCGUUCGCCUGUGCAUUGGAAAACAGGGGUUACACACGCGCGUAUUCAAGCGACACGCGUUUUUCUUUCGUCGCUCUUUUCUGAGUCAUCUUUUCAAUCAUCCUUUAUUGUUGCAUUUACCGUCCAAAUUUUAUAAAUAUUCGCAAAGGAUUGAAAAAUUUAAAUUAUUGUAAACAACAUAUAACAACGAAAUUAAUCGAUUUCGCUCGAUUUUAUUAUUCUUCGCGUGAUAUUGACAGAAAACUUGUUGGAGAGCAGCGUUUCGAGAUAAUUUAAGCGGGAAACCUACUCUUUUAACAGUUGCUCCGACUGUUGGAAAAGAAAAGGUCGGGUGCCGAGCCCGUGAAUAAUAAAGGUUAGCGUGAUUCUUGAACGAGGAUUCUAGGAUGUAAACUCUCGCUGUAGUUCCAACUCUAAAUUGUAAACGCGUACAUACAAAUAUAUAUGUAUAUAUAUAUAUAUAUGCGAAUUAAUAGGAUCAUUCGAUCACAAAUAUUCGAUUGGAAAUAUAAUAACUCGAUACGACGAAUUCCAUAAGGAGAGGAUACGUCGAUUGCAUUUCUUUCUCGUGACAUCGUUUUGUGACCAUGGAAAGUGGUAUGAAGAAGGCAUAAAACAACAACGCGAAGGUUCAUCUAUCCAUCGUUCUCCUCUGUUGUCCCUUUCACUGCAAAACCGACCGCGUGGGAGGCCUGUUCAGGAUCUCGUAGCGAUUUCAACCCGAACUAGUCUUCGUUCAGUCUUUGCCGGCGUGUCUUUCGCGGUUUCUGUCUCUCGUCAAAUUAGAUGGCCGGAAAUUUCUCCAAUCGCCUUCUGUCGAGGAGCGAAAUCCAAAAGGAUUUGGACGGGAGACGCGCGUGUUAUCGAGAGAAUAAAACGAUUAACGUUGAGAGAGGUGGAGGAAUUCAGCUCGCUUGGUUUUAACGCGAUUAAUAAAGGGGAAAGACGUUUGCGACCGGUGACAAAACGAGCGUGGAAACUGGAUCGUGGUGAUUUCUCAAGAGAUUGAAAAUCCAGCGCGGGUACAAAGAAAUCGGUGAAAACGCGAUUGUAUGAGAAAACACGCGUGCAACGAGAUAAUUGCAUCGCCUUCGUAGUCAACUGUUGUUGCAUAAUAUUCGCAGGCAAGUGGAAAAGAAGAAAAAGAAGCGUCAGAUUGUUAAACCUAUUUACCGUUUUCACGUUUAUUGGACACAAGCGCGGUGGCUCGUUCCUUCUCCUCUGGAUUUUUGUCCCCGUUGCUCCAUUGUUGGAAACGUAUUGCACAAGCGUUGCUUCGGCUAGUCACGAAGAAAUCCACGAUGGUGGGACGAAGAUUUCAAUUAAAUCCAAGCGGUUAGCAUAAUUGGAUGCUCGCCUCUGCCGCUACGGAAAUCAUUGUCCAUUUCUGUCUGCUGAUGGAACAAUUCACCAAUUUGCAUUUCAAUAAUUCCGCGUCGCGGCCGUCGAAUAGUCACGACGAUCUCGGGGACGUAACGGUGAAAUUAGUCUCUCUGUUGGCGUUCGCCACGAACGGUGAAAAUCCUCGUGUCGCAUUUUUCUUCUUACUUUCGUCGUAUCAAUAAACAAUAAACCGCUUGGAGGGAUCCAAAGUUAAUUUGUUUCGUUGGUGAGAAAUCAUGAGGCGCGAGAGGAGAGGCGAAAUUUUCGUUGCUUCGAUCGAAAAUUUUCCUUCGCCGACGACCUCGUGACGAAUCUCUGCGACAGAUUCGUAAGACUGAGAUAAAUCGAUGCAAAACGAUGGAAAACGUGUACGUGAUAAAAGUGAAAACGAAGCCGGCAUUGUCCACCCUGUACCCAUCUGAGCGGCGUUACUCGGCAUCCACCGUGGGAGGUCUGUCCUUGGUGCAUUUCGGCCUGGGCGCUCUCUCCCUUCUGCUGGGCAGCCUGGCCCUGUCUCUUCAAGGCCCAAUCCUAUCUGUCGCCUGUCUGGUCCCGUUCGUGACCGGACUGUUCGCGUGGAGAAGAUGGUACAUAGACAGGAACAUCGCUAUCUUCUUCUACGGAAGCCUGUUCUCGUUGACGGCGGCCAUCCUCUGCUUCGUCGCGACGAUAUUCGACAUCGCCGCCGCCGCCGAGAGCAGAGAUCCUCUGUGGUCGCUCGAGAAGAUUUUCGACCGGGAGAAUCAUUCUCGCUUCGAGCAACAAUUGAGAAACGAUACCCUGUUUAACAACAACAACGAGGAGGAUCGAGGAGGACCAAAAGUUAACCUCUACUCGCCCACGCCUGGCAUUGUACUCGACAACAUGUCCAACAUAUCGGGAUACAUAUUGAGAAGUUCGACGAUCGAUCCUGGAACGAAAAGCGACACGAUGACUCUUAACAACGGGGAGAAUUUGAUCAACGUGACCUCGCCAAUGAUCAACGAUGACGGGACGAUGUCGUUCUGGUACAUGGAUUAUCACAAGUCCUCGCACGCUAGAAUUUUACUAACCGUGAACGUGCUCGUCGCUUCGCUUCUCGAAGCGUUUUGGUCCGCUCUCAGCGCUAGAAUAGCUCUGCGAGGGAUGAUGAACCGUUUGCCGGAAAGCAGUUACUCGAAUGGAAACGGAAAACUGGAUGGAACGGCGAUAGGAAAGCGGAAGGCACCGAGACCGGACAUUUUGGACCACGAUCGUAGAUUGUCCGAAAGUUUGCAAAACUUGACGGCGCGGCACAAUCUGAGGAACACGGGGCCGAGGUUGCCCCUGCCGGAAUCGAGCAAUGAAUUCAGAGAAAGGGUGGAAAGAUUUCUGGCAAAUCAGGCGGCGCAUCACGAAGGAUCUUGCUCUUGAAA